ACUCACACACACUCACUCACACAAUCUCACAAAUCUCACUCAACUCAACACAACUCAACACUCAACUCCACUCACUCCAACUCCAACACUCACACAUCUCACAACACACAUCUACACUCAAACUCACUCAAC